GAUAGCUCAGUGUAAACUGCACUGGCCUUUCACCAAGACGGCCGGGGUUAGACUCGAUAAGACAUGAAAAGUGAUAGCUAUACCGAGGAACGGACCGUACUUUUAAAAAUUGCUGCCUUACAAUGAAUCCUAUGUUUUCUUUGGAUAAGCCUGUUUCGGAAUGGUUGCGUUGUAUGACAACGUUGUUUCCCAGCGGAUAAACCGCACAGUUGAUUAUCAAUUGAUAUACGAUUUAAAUUUCCCGGAGGCAAAUCAUCUGAAACCGAUAGCAACUCCGUGUGCAAUGCUCGGAUACAGCAAUGUACGAAGGACAUGAGAAAUAUCGGAGAUAAACCGACUGGAGACCUGAAGCGCACGUGAAGUCCUUCCAACACGUCACGUGUCACAGGAGGCGUGUGUUUCCGAUGCUGUUUGCGAUUUGCUGACAUUUUAUAUGAGCCUUCCAUUGGCUGAACGUUUUUUCCGGUUCGUUGUGAAAACUGAUACGAAACUUUCAUACUUCCCAGAAUUCAAGAUUUGUUAAAAAAAUCACUCAAGAAGCCCUAAACACUUAAUGGGUACGUACACUGUCAAAGCUGCUUUCAACCGUUAGGGAUCGCUGGUCUAAUUUGAUCGUGUAAUACUGUCCCCGUUGGAAAGUUUAUACAGGACAUAAUUGUGUCUUCUCGUCAACGCCAGAGGAUUGGAAUUGCAUGCUUUUGGUUUUGCAUUUUGAUAAUUCGACUACUGCUUAAUUAACUUAAGCUUUUGUUUUUGAAACUUAUUUCCAUUUGGAAAUGAUUGUGAUACCAAGCUAGUCUUAUUUUUUACCAAAAUGUCAGGAAAUAACUACGAUUUCGUUGGAAUAUCCUCAUCGCAAUUGCCGUAUGUUCACGGCAGUUUCCCCGCUGCGGCCGGUGGGCCAAAAUACUACACGAUGCGCAGUGUUUACCGAGGGCGGGACGCUGACCGGAAGCGGGACUUAAGCUUCCGGCAAAACCAGACAGUCGGACUGAAGACAGACAAUAAGGUCAUAGCCGACCUCAAAUUGUCUACUUUAGAAUUAGAACUAAAUAAUCUCCAAAAACGCAAAUCUAAGAAAGACACGUUAAAACCGAUAGUGAAUCCUUCUGGAAAUAUUAACAAACAAAAGGCCUAUUUGAAACUCAAGGGGAUUUACGUGAAUCAACUAUAUUCUGUCAACCGUGCCAGGAAGUCUCAAGAUGAAACCGGCAAUACGAAACCUAUCAAAACGGAAGAUGGACCAAAAUGGUCAAAAUCACGGAAGUUGUCGAUUUCAAGUCGUAAAUCAAAUGCAACGUUACCUAUCGUCAAUUUCAAACUGCCAUCCAUAAAUACGUCAUCGGAAAGGUUUUCGGAAACGCAAGGAUCUUACUCAGUAAGAUCGGAAGGCUCGAACUCGGAAUAUCGAAGCCGUCUACGGGAAAUGGACCGAGAAGCGUCUCCAAUUCCUGGAAUCAGCAAACCUAAACGAUCCCAUCGUGGCCGGAAGUUGGGAAACGUUGUAUCCUCUCAGAGAUUGCAGCAACUUUUGGACGGUGACGACAGUUUAGACCCUGGGGCAUUCUUCUUCUUUUGAUAGUGUUAAUGGUGUAAAAAUUCACAAUACCUGGGCAAAUGACGUCAUUCAUCAUUCGUUCUUCCGUUUUUCCAUGAUUGUGUGGAUUUAAAAAGUUAUUAUUUUAUGGGAAUCAAAUCAUCGUCAGUGUCUGUUACCAAAGAUAGUUAACAGAUGGACGUCUUUCUGAUCAUUAUUUGAAAACGCAAUCGGACCGAUGUCCCUAGUCCCAAUUUGCCGUCUUUGAUUUAUCCAAUCAAAAUGAGAUAUCUCGUCAUUUCAGUUUUCUGAAUACAUUUCUGAUUGUGCCAUCCUCCAUUUGUGACUUAAAUGAUGACACAGACCCGACUGCCACGUUCGAUUUUGCUUCGAUAGGCUUUAUGAGUUUUUUGAAUAUUUCGUAUAACUGUACUUUCAUUUUUGAAUGAUUUAUAUUUCGUUUUCCGUUAAUGUUACCGCGUUGCCAGAUAUACUCUGGUUUUCCUUAACAACCUAGUGCAAUCAAAACCUGAGCUAAAACUGAACUAAAUAAGUUUGAUUUUUGUGUGUGUGUGAGUUUCAUCUAACGUGUAAGAAACGUGUUAAUGAUGCAUGUUACCUUACAGUGACAUAAGGAUGUAUGCUACCUUAUUCUGAUACGAAUCUCCUUUACGAAAGAGUUCUACUCGUGGAAAACCGUUCAAAAAUAAAUUAUGAUUGCAGUGACCCUUUUCUCCAUGUUUUACUGACAGAAACAGGCUGCUUGUCAAAACAGUGUUUUAUAUCCCUAAAAUGAAGACAAAGGUGGAAAAUCAACCCGUUUUUAAAAGUGAAAUUAAUACUUUAUAUUCACCAAUUUUACAGGGACAGGCUGCUGUAAAAUUGUCUCAAGGCAGACAAAAACAUUGGAGAUAUGUGACGUUAUAUCGUUGAACCCUGAUGAACACCGUCCUUUAUUGUGUUUUCAUUCUAGACUUAUUGAUUUUCACGUUGUUGUUCAUUUUGGAUACGGGGAAAUGCCAUUGUGAAAUAAAAUGAUCUACAUGCGUUUUGAAAAUUAGCGUUGCCAAUUGUGUAUCUCUCUGGAGUAUAUAAAACG